UGAAUAAAACCCUAAACCCUCUUUAACAAUCCUCUGCUCUGCUGCUUCUAUUUCAUAUCACUUGUGCUCGCCCAAAAUAAACAAAAAAAAUGGUUAGGAGCUUGAAAAACCCAAAGAAAGCUAAAAGAAAGAAUAAGGGUUCAAAGAAAGGAGAUGGGUCAUCAUCAUCAGCAUCAAAUGCUAUUCCAUCAAUGCCAGCUAAAGUAUGGCAACCGGGUGUUGAUUCUUUAGAAGAAGGCGAAGAAUUGCAGUGUGAUCCUUCUGCUUAUAAUUCACUCCACGCCUUUCACAUUGGUUGGCCGUGUUUAAGCUUUGACAUUGUCCGUGACUCACUGGGUCUGGUUCGGACCGAGUUUCCACACACUAUUUACGCAGUCACUGGAACUCAGGCAAAUAAUGCUCCCAAUUCAAUUGGAAUAUUUAAAAUAUCAAACAUAUCUGGGAAACGACGGGAACUAGUACCAACAAAAUCAAAUAACACUGACACCGAUAUGGACAGUGAGAGUAGUGAUAGUGAUGAAGAUGAUGAGGUGGAGAAUGAGGGACCAAAGGCUCCAGUCUUCCAGGUGCGCAAGGUGUUUCACGAAGGUUGCGUAAAUAGAAUUCGUGCUAUGACACAAAAGCCCCAUAUAUGUGCAUCUUGGGGAGAUACUGGUCAUGUGCAGAUAUGGGAUUUUAGCUCUCAUCUAAAUGCUUUGGCAGCAUCUGAAAGUAAUGUUAGCAAGGAUGCUACCACAGUUUCUAACCAAACUCCUUUAGUUAAGUUUACUGGUCACAAGGAUGAAGGCUAUGCAAUUGACUGGAGUUCUCUCGUUCCUGGCAGACUUGUAUCUGGGGACUGCAAGAAUUGCAUUCACUUAUGGGAGCCAGCCUCUGACUCAACAUGGAAUGUUGAUAAUAAACCAUUUGUUGGCCAUACUGGAAGUGUUGAAGAUUUGCAGUGGAGCCCUACAGAACCAUUUGUGUUUGCCUCUAGCUCUGUGGAUAAAACUAUAGCAAUAUGGGAUACCCGUUUAGGGAAAUCGCCAGCAGCUUCUAUCAAGGCACAUGACACAGAUGUGAACGUUAUUUCAUGGAACAGGCUGGCAAGUUGUAUGCUAGCAUCUGGUAGCGAUGACGGGACAUUUUCAAUCCGUGACCUUAGAUUGCUAAAGGAAGGUGAUUCUGUGGUGGCGCACUUCGAGUACCACAAACAGCCUAUAACAUCUAUCGAAUGGAGCCCGCAUGAAGCCUCUACCCUGGCAGUAUCAUCAGCGGAUAAUCAACUCACAAUAUGGGACCUUUCUUUGGAACGGGACGAGGAAGAAGAGGCGGAAUUUAAAGCCAAAACACAAGAGGAAGUACAUGCACCCACAGAUUUGCCUCCACAGCUUCUUUUUGUUCAUCAGGGCCAAAAAGACCUGAAAGAACUUCAUUGGCAUACACAGAUUCCAGGAAUGCUCAUUUCCACAGCGGCUGAUGGUUUCAACAUCUUAAUGCCUUCAAAUAUCGAAAGCAAUCUUCCUGCUAAUGCUGCUGCUUAAACACAAUGAUUAGGUAGCCCCCUGAUAGGCAAAAUUUUGCAUAGUUUUUGUUGGUGUCGUAUCCAAAGAGAACAUCACAUGAGAGACGGUGUGUGUUGUUUGUAGGAAUGUUUUGGAAUUUCAAUUUUAUGUGAAAAAUAGUGUUGGAUGAUAAAUGUUAAUGCUGUUAUUUAGUUGGGUUUUUUUUUAGUUGUA